GAAAAUUUAUGAUACUCUUGCCAGUGUGAUGUAGAGAUCUGAACGAGAAACACGACCACGAAUCAAAAAAAAAACCCCGAACGGCAGAAAAAAAUACUGCUUGUGCCAUAGUCCUUAAUUGUUAUAAAUUUUAUAAAGUGUCAUACAAGUGAAGAUCGAAGGGGAUCUACUUUUUUCCGAGUUUGUGAUUGCUAUCAUUCAAAGUGCGACGAAAAGCAAUUUCCUUACGUAGCUAUUCGUGUUUUAUUUUUUGCUCUCGAUAAGUGUCUCUAAUUUCGAUGCAAAUGAUAUGUUUCUCCAAAAAGAUUGAUUUGAAGGAGAGUGAGCAAAAGCCAAAGGCGGAAGCAAAUCACCAAUAAACGGAAAAAUAUCGAUCGGGCAGAGGAAAAAUAUCGAUGCAAUAUAAUGACGGGUGCAUAAAUUAAACCCGCAUGAGGAGGAGAAAAGUUGGGUGACAAACGGAAGAAAGUCAAAACGAAAAUUCACUGUGAUUUGUAGUUUAAAAAUACGAAAAAAUUCAAUAGCAAGAGAAAGGCGACACAUACAGCAAGAGUGCAAAACAGCAGAAAAGUGUAAUUUUCUUCUUCUCGAGCAGACGGCGGAAUUUUCAUUCUCUCAGCGUGAAAGAAAAAAAAAAGAGUCGAGGGAGAGUCAUCAUCAUUAGCAGCCAUGACAACCGCGACAACCGUACAGACGACAACGACUUCCAGCAUGCAAAACACCCAACGGAUGGGCUCGAUAGUUUUGAAGAGCUUAUCCAUCCUGUUGGGACUGUUUUUCAUCUUUAUCGGACUCAUGAAACUCACACCACAUAUAAGCAAGGAUUUGCAUCGAGAUCUGCGGAAGAAUUACGUCAAAUAUGCGAAAGUGUUUCCAUUCUCGACACUUUUCGAUUUUAAACUGCCCUCGAAGUGGUACCGUCGAUCAGUUGGCGGAUUGGAGGUGUUCUGUGGCUUAGCGAUGGUACUUAUUCCCAGCCACAAGGUAAAAAACGUGGCUAAUGUUACCCUGUUGAUGCUGAUGUUUCUAGCCGUGUACUCGCACUACAUGGUGAGCGAUCCAUUCGAAAGAUGCGGUCCAGCUUUGGUGUUCACUUUUAUGCUAAUCGGUCGGCUAGUGAUAUGGUACCAGGCCAGCAGACGGGAGUCACGCAUUGCUACAGAGAAGGCCACCAACAAUGGUAUCAAGCAGGACUAAGCAGCAGAUGUUGGAAACCUCUGAUCUCAUCGAUAACACAGAAAAAAAUUUCAAGCGGAAAAUCUAAGCACUUUCACACAAACUUGCAUCAUUUCUCUGGAUGACGAAAUAGGAUCACACUGUAAAUGUAAAAUAUGAAACAACAAGGGGUUGAUGUUUCUCGUGACUACACACACUCUACACCUUCCUGCUGUAAAGAAGAGCCAAGGAUUCUUUCGUAUUUUGAUUUUAGGGAUUUUAGUUUAACGACCAGAGCAGAGCUGGACUUUUCUGCCAUUUACAUCAUUAAUCCUUUCUAUUUACCGUGAUUUAUAUGGCUCCUAUAACAGCACUGAAAGUGAUACGACCACAGAAGAAAGUGUUUCUAAGAAUGGACAACUUUUUUUUAUAUUCAAAUGUGUUCAUUAGACAUCCUUAUAGCCUCGAACAUCUCUAGUCAGUUGUAUAGUUGAAUGAUUUUAUUGUUUUUUUUUUCAUUUAUAAAUUGAAAUCAAACGUACCAAUCCGAGUAUACAACAUUAUUUUAACGUAUACCUCGAACUCGAGGAAAUUUCAAAAUCUUAAUCUUAUCUAUUUUGACGAUAAGCUUAAAAGACUUCAGCAAAUAUUUCGGUUGACGCUAAUAAGUAUACAAGCAGAGCAUCGAUUAAGUGUAUUCAAAUGUAUGGCAAAUAAACAAACAUUGCACCAAAUUGUUUCAAAUAGUAAUGAAAGAUCACGCUUCGACAGAAGAGCAUACAAUUACAAAUACCAUUACCACAAGAAAAAAUCAGCCUGUAUCCGAAAAGUAAGUAGAAACGAACAACACAAGAUAUUUUUUUUCUAAUAAUGAAAACAUAAAAGACAACCUUUUCGUCGAACAAAAGUGCACAAUUGUUGAAUGAAAUCAUAUUGAAAUAAGUAAACCAAGCGUCACUACAAUUUUCAGUAGAUCGAUUAGUGACAGCAAAAAAAAACCGAAGAACUGUGAAGAAAAUGAAAAUAUCCAUCAGUAGUCAAAUCAACACUGGAAGUUUAAUCGAAAACAAGUCAAGACUAAAAUAAAGCCAAUCAGAUUACGAAUA